AUGUCUUCCUCAAUGCGCUCAUCCCGUCAGAGGACAUCUAGCUUGUCUCGUCCUAUUCGUACUAGUCGUACCCGUGUGCAAUCAUAUCUUGAGGAUAGCAGUUCAGAUGAUCGGCUUGAUGAAGACACCGACUCUGAUCAGGAACGAUCUAGACGAAUGUCGCUUUCGCUGCGUCCACGCAGUGCAAACAGAGCCCCUGUCUCUUAUCGCGAGGAAUCUACAGAUGAUGACUUUGAGCGAUCUUCUGACGAGGACCCUUCAGCCGUCGUGCCCGUUGAAGCUCCAACUCGAUACACCUAUCCGUUUCCCCAAUCUACUAGCAAUGGCACAUCUUCCCGGCCUAGACGCAAUCGCACGGUGAAAACCAGGUCCCAGACUAGAAGGUCCAAAAGGCCCCCUGCCAAGAACCGCCUGGAAUUGGGUAGACCUCUAAACAAGCGUCCAAAAGUUCAGGCAGAUGACAUGUUCCCGGUCGGCUCUGGAGUCAUACCACCCUGGCACUCCCUUCCGUACCACAUAUUGUUUGACAUCUUCUUCCGUGCAUCGUUUCCUCUGAUGGAUGAGAAGACGGCAACUAGAAACAGUUCGACGCAAUGGCUUGUGAGCGUUGCCUUGUUGUGCCGCGCUUUUCAUGAGCCAGCAUUGUCAGCUCUCUACCAUUCUCCGCCUCUGAUACCUAUCAAAUGCCAUGCUCUGCUCAGCCUGCUAUGCCAGCCGCAGGAGACACUUUCAACCAACUAUAGAAAUAAGAUCCAAGAGUUGCACGUCGACGUGGAGACCCUGUUGCUCCACAAAAGCGGACCAAUGCUCGGUUAUUUUGAACUCCCUAGGCUUAUCGAAAAGACACCUCAAGUAAAGAAAGUGCGGCUGUAUCACAAAGAUGACUUCAUUGUGGGUCUCGCUCCAUGGCAGAUACAACGGUCUAAAUGGGUCUAUCCCGAGAGUCUAUUCGAAUCGAUGAAUGCGAGCUUGAUACACCUGCGCAGCUGGGAUUGGAACAGCCGGUUUAUGGAAGCGAAGCAACUGAUUCCCUUCCUUCUCGGCAAACAUUAUGACCGCGCGUUCCGGGGCUUGCGCGAGUUACGAUUGUUGCAUGUCGCUUCAGAAGAUAUUGAUCACGGUGGAAGUGCAGAGCCAUCCAACGAGCGGGAGGUGAUUCUCGCUACUGCGAUUAAGGAGCUUCCAUAUCUGCGUCGGCUUGAAUUUUCCGAGUGCUCGAUUGUCAACGAGCAUCUUCUCCUCAAUAUGCCCUCGGCACUUACGUCCCUCACCAUCAACAACUGCGAUGAAGUAACCACCUCAAAUCUCAGUGCAUUUCUCGCUGCUCAUGGGCAGCAUCUUCGGGAACUCAACCUUAGUCACAACAGGCAUUUAAGUAUGUCAUUUGUUGUAGGACUAGCGGAGUAUUGCCAAGUUCUUGAAAGGUUCAAGAUGGACAUAUCUAUGCAUGACUGGUCCAGUUAUCACGACGUGGAGCCACAUUUUCGAGAGUUGCUUGGUCCCUCUGAGGUGCCAACCUGGCCCACCACAUUGCAAGAUAUUGAGCUGAUACAAUUGCGAAAAUGGGACGACACGACAGCUGAGGUAUUCUUCACGUCUCUUAUCGAUUCCGCAAGGGAACUUCGAAGCUUACGCCGUUUAAUCAUCAGCGCCAUCUUGAAGAUCGGAUGGCGUGACCGCGCAUCUUUCAGAGAGAAAUGGAUUGGAAGAAUGGAGAGGGUGUUCUUGCGAAGGAGUCCUCCUCCGAAUCCUGAUCUUCGCAGCCUCCGUAAGGGAACCCCCCAGCUUGACCAGAAUGAUGCUGCCACUCAGUCUGAAGCACAUCAUAGCGGCCUGUCGACGCCGUCCAAGCGCAAAAGCGCUCGCCUUGCGAAACGCAAGCAUUCAGAAACUGAAGAUAAUAUGGAAUUGAGCGCACCAGACCGAGCGUCGAAUGGUGGCGAUGGAGACCUUUUUAUCCAAGGCAUGUGCGAUAUUGUCAUGGUCAGAAUUGACAAUUUGCGCCCGACUGAACUGCAAUUCAAUGAACAAGAUUUUCUUGAUGACGAGCUUAGUGGCGACGAAGACUGGAAUGGUAACGACUUCGACGCUAGUGCGGCAGGGCAUGCAUGGUAA